GAGAGCAACAGGUCUAGACCCUAACAGCCUGUUUAAAGGUUUCGGGUGUUGAUGAAACGAGUGUGUGUGUGUGUGAAGAGGCAGAGUUAAAAAGUUGACAUUCUUUCAAUCCAUGCAUUGUGGUCAAGGUUAAAAGAAGCAUCACGUGAUGGUAUUUCGGACAGCAAUAGAGCACGCUAAGAAGCACCCUGGCCUCAUCCCCCAGUUCUUCUUCAUCUGUUUGGGAAUGAGCGGGGCGGGUCUGUAUCUGGUCCGGCUGGCCAGGGGACCGCACGUCACCUGGAACAAGAACAGCAACCCCGAGCCCUGGAAUAAACUUGACCCAACCUACCAGUACAAGUUUGUAGCCAUCACAACAGACUACAAGAAUCUGAAGAAGGAGGGGCCAGACUACUGAAUGCCCUGCUGUCACCUCGCACAAAUCAGAGUGGUCUAGGGUCAGAUUUACUCCCUUCCUCUCCCUAUGGAUAUGGUUAAUACUGGGGCGUGGGCAAAACAGAUUCUAGACAUGACUGUGUGCUAGGCUAUAGUGUUCCUGUGCCUCUGUGACAUUGGAAAACCCGGUUGGUGACAGUGAUUUGUGUAUGGGAUUGUCAGUUAAAAAUGGAGCCACUGUAGAUGUGCCGUCUGUUGGUUGUUGUGUGUUGUUGCUCCUCAAUAAUAACGGCAGAUGUUUGCAGAAGCUGUACUGGAUUCAGAAUGGUCACAACUUCUACACUGGGCCUCUCUCUUGCAAACCCUCUUUGGCUUUCUCAUUCACACAUAACAGACAGAAAAGUCACCAAAAAAGAUUCGAGGAUGUGCUAUUGUUUUGUUUUUUUACAUUUUAGCACUAUUUUUUCCAAAUUAUUGUGGUCUGAGGGAUUUCAAAAUAACAAAGGAUGAAUUGUUCACACCCAACAGUUUGUUGCCUCUUGUGAAUUCUGCAUUACAGAAACGUGGAAGAAUUGAGUGUUUGGUACUCUGACAUUUCAAUACUGUCGAAUCGGUUACCUGGGAAGUUUUGAUGGUUUGAUGGCAUGUUUGUCCUCAUAACAAACAUGACUGAAAAUUUAGCAUCCACUAAAUUUAAUAAUGAUUGUGUAAGUUGUGAAAAAAGGAGGCUGUACAUCGUCUGAGUCAAAAUAAAUGUGUCUGUGUAAUGUUUCA